UCAAUCAAUAUAUCCAAAGUAGGUAACUCAUGGAAGUGAAAGGAAGGGUAAGCAACUCAGGCAUCAUCAUCACCCAAAGUGAGGAUGAAAACAUGGACCUGCGAAGAGGCCCUUGGACCGUUGAUGAGGACUUUGCUCUCAUCCAUUACAUUGCAAGUCACGGUGAAGGACGCUGGAACUCCCUUGCUCGUUCUGCUGGACUCAAACGAACUGGCAAGAGUUGCAGAUUGAGAUGGUUGAAUUAUCUUCGUCCUGAUGUUAGACGUGGUAACAUAACACUUGAAGAACAACUUCUUAUUCUCGAGCUCCAUGCUCGUUGGGGAAACCGAUGGUCCAAAAUUGCUCAGUAUUUGCCGGGAAGAACCGAUAAUGAGAUCAAGAACUAUUGGAGAACACGUGUCCAAAAGCAUGCCAAACAACUGAAAUGUGACGUGAAUAGUAAGCAAUUCAAGGACACCAUGCGCUACCUUUGGAUGCCAAGGCUGGUUGAGCGCAUUCAAGCCGCCGCGGCUGCCACCGCCACCUCCACCGUCGCUUCUGCCACCACCGGUUCUCCCGAUGCCAUUACAAAUGUCACCACCAAUAAUACCACAAUAAUAUCCAACCACGACAACAACCUUAACAACAAUUUUGAGGUUCAUAGUGGGAACAUGAUGCUAACUCCAGGAAUUAUGAACAACAACAACUUUGUUGUUUCACAGGUGACACAAAGUUAUACUACUCCAGAGAAUAGUAGCACAGGCACAGCCACAUCAUCAGACUCGUUUGGGACCCAGGUUUCACCUGUCUCGGACUUGACUACCCAGGAUUGUUACAUUGUCCCGGUUGGGAAUAACAUUAACCCUAAUCCUGAUUAUUACCAACAAGCUCAUCAAAUCAGCUUUUUGGAUUGCAUCACCAGCCCAUCUGGGCUAUUCCCUCAGGAGCUGGAUUUCCAAGACUUGGAACCAAACAACCAGUGGAUUCAGAGUGGGGACGCAUCCAACAAUUUCUGGAAUGUUGAUAACAUGUUGCUCUUUCAACAAUUCAGUGACAACAUGUGAAACAUAUAUUCCAUAGGAGAAAUGGAAAAAGAAAAAAGGGGCUAUAUAUUGUGAAAUUUACAGAUACUAAAAUCAUAAUAGUAGAAAAAUGAACUAAUAGAAUAAAUUCAUAUGUAGGACACACAUAGGAUCUACGUUGGACAUAGAUUUUAAAUUAAGGAUUGUUAAGAGCAAAGAGAAGGAAAAUGUGAAUUACUUUAAUUUUCAGCUAGUAGGUUUUUCUUGUUUUUUUUUUUAAUUUUCCUUAUUUUAGAUUGGGGGUGUGGAAAGUAUUUGUAAU